GUUACAUCUACACAGUCAAACUCCCAGAGUCAGAGCAAAAAUAACUCGUAAAAAUGACGCCCUUUGGCUCACAUAUGGCAUUGUUCAUGAUCACCAUCACGAUUAUCCUGCUAUGCAUUGGCUCGAUCUUUAUACGUUUUGGUUUCCACCAGGAACUGGUGCGGGACAAGACGAACGGCGUGAGGAUUGUAAUCGCUUUGAUGUUCCAAUAUCUUGUGGGAGAUCCGAUCAAGUUUGCGAUCAUCGCAUGGGAUCGUACGAUUUGGCCGCGCGAUCAUUAUGUGCCGCCGAUGGACAAGAAGGGCGAGGAGUACGAUAUGGAUGAUUUUUUGGUGCAGAAACUGGAGCGGCAGAAGCGUAAUCUAAUGAUCACCUCGCACUAUCGACACGAGAAACUGAACGAAAUGUACAAGGAGAUCAGCAGGGAUUUGUGGCUGUUUGGGCGCUACUAUUUCUGGCUGAUGCUGGCCAUAUUGGCCACGUGGGAGCCGCGCGCCUACCGCAGCUCGGACAUGAUCAAGAAGCUGCUGCUGUUCAAUCACACGGAAUACUAUGGCCUGCAGGAGGUGGUGCACAUCAAUCAGCUGUUUGACUACAUCGAGAUCAAUCUGAUCAACACCUUCGACACGGACUCUGCACCGGGCACAACCUUCACCAGUCCUCCGUGGGUGCACGCCCAGCAGUGGGUGAUGCUGGGCGUUAUACGCGUGAGGCAGCUGCGUCGCAGCAAGCGCAAGAUUGGCUGGGGUAGUCCGGAUUACACGGAGGAGUCCUAUCUGCCCGGCUGGCAGACACCCUACCGCGUGGUGCCCUACGAGGAUAUGCACUGGCGCGUCACACGUCCCUGGGUGCCCAUGGAAUGGGAAGCGAUUGACAACCUUCUCGUGAAUUUCUAUCAUAUUGGCUACUUUGACUACUAUCCGGAGCUGAAGGGCUACUCCACGCUGCUGUCGCGCAGCAAGACAAGCACCAAGAUGGUGCUCGAUUUCCUCACCGAACAGCACUGGCUGACACGCAACACAUCGGCGAUCUUUAUAGACUUUACCAUGUACAACAUGGACAUGAAUAUGUUCAGCGUGAUUACGCUGCGGCUGGAGCAGCUGCCCUUUGGCAGUGUGCUGCCCUACGUGAAUGUGGAUGGCUGCGUGCUGCUGCGGGAUUUCGAUCAUCUCAAGUGGAACGAUUUGCUUGUGUAUCUCGUGUACAUGUUCGUGCUGGUGCAGUUCGGCAAGGCGACGGUGAACAAGGUGUGGUACGACUCGCGCACUCUCAAGAACGUGUGGAACAUAAUGGAUCUGCUGAUAUUCGGGCUGAAUGCCGUGGUCCUCUGGCUGAUGUUCUUUCGCGCCUCGUUGGUGCGUUCCAUGCUGAAGAAUGUCAGCGUCUUUGGCAACAUGGACUUUGUGGACUUUCGGCGUGGAUCACGCCUGCAAGGACUCAUACACAUAGUCAUUGGCAUACUCAUUUGCCUGACAACGCUGCGACUGUGGAGGAUUCUGCAAUUUGCGAAUGUUUUUCAUUUGUUCAAUCAAACUCUGCGCAUGGCCUGGCAGCCGGUGGUCAGCAUGGCCAUGAUUAUUUGCAUCUUUCUGAUUGGUUUCUGCAUGAUGAUGGUCAUCAUUAAUGGCAACAACAGCAUCUUCUUUAAUCGCUUCUUUCAGAGCGUCAUCACCUGCAUGUGCUUCUCCUUCGGCUUCAGCUCCCACAUUCAUCCCAGCGAAAUGUUUCACGGCGGCAGGGCCAUCGGAUUCAUUUUGUAUGCCAUUUUGGGCUUCUUCAUUUGCACCGUGCUCAUCAAUGUGUUUGUGGCAAUGAUUAAUAACUAUUUUACAGUCGCCAAGGAGCGACGCGACUCGGAGGAGGUGGCACAUCUCGAUUUCUUUCAGUUUCUGCGCGUCGAGUAUCCGCGCCUCUUCGACUUCUACUGGCAACUGCCCUGCUUUCGGCGUGGAUACAAGCGCCACGGCCGCACCGUUGGCCAGAAUGUAAGCCUCGCAACGGCGUACGUUGAGCGCAAGAAUAGCUUCUUGAUGCGCCGCAAGACAAUCAAAAUUGUGGACGAGAGCAAGGAGGAGACAAAGUUUCAGAUGCGCGGCGAGCAGCUGCUGCUCGUGGCCGAGCACAUGGAGACACAAAUGGAGUUGCUGACUCUACGACUCUUUGGCGAUGCACCAGAAGAGCGGCGUCCACGCAGGAAAUGGGGUUUAUUUAGUCGCGAAGAUUAAAUAAAGUUUUUCCCGCUCACGUAGUAUGCCGAAUAAGUUACAUUACAUCUACAUACCGCACCAUC